CUUGACCUCGUCAAAAAUUAUUGGUUAUUCUAAAAUGUCAUACGAACAUCUAACUUAAGCAAGACAGUGUUUUGAUGGGGUGUGUACUUUAUUAGAAUAAAAUAAACUGUGCUUCGACGUACGUAUUUUGUGUACAGUAUGAUGGGUAGCCUGUGAUGAGGCUGCGGACAUCGUGAUAUCUGGUUUGUGAUGUGAUGUGAUGGUGUUGUGUUCGUGAUCAUCAUGCCGCUAGCGUUGUGGCGAUUCAUCGCUUCCACUGCGAUCCUUGGUGCAACAGUCGCGAUGGCAGCUAAGAAUGUGCCGAUGACACAAGUGGUGGCAGUGGCUGGUGAACCGGUGUAUUUGCCGUGUGACAUCGCUACACAGGAUGAAGAAGACGCAGUGCUGUUGGUGCUAUGGUAUCGAGAGGAUCUUGGCACGCCUAUAUACAGCGUGGAUGCUAGAGAAAAAGAUUUUGGUGUAGCGGAAAGAUGGUCCGACGAAAGUGUUUUUGCGUCAAGAGCCUACUUCCUGCCAGAAAGAAGACCGGCCGAGCUAGGUGUGGAUAAAGUUCGAGCAUCCGAUCAAGGAAUAUAUAGAUGUAGAGUUGAUUUUAAACAGGCACAAACAAGAAAUUCAAGAGUUAAUUUAACUGUUAUCGUACCACCAAACAAAAUGAUAAUAACGGACGACAAAGGCGAUGUGAAAGAGGCCAUCGUCGGACCCUACGUCGAGGGAGACACUUUUACGCUUAAAUGCGAUGUCUCUGGAGGUCGUCCACGACCCUGGGUGAAAUGGUUUAGGAAUGAAGUGGAGACCGACACUCCAGCAACUACACUACAGGGUAACGGCGUCAGGGGUGUGCUGAGAGUGGGCCCUUUGACCCGGGCCGACGUCAGGGCGACGCUUACAUGUCGUGCCUCGAAUCAUUUGAGAGCACAUCCUAUUGAAACUACACUCACAUUAGACAUGAACUUUCCCCCCUUGAACGUACACAUUCUUGGCUCGAAUCAACCUCUAUCAGCGAGCAGGAGAUAUGAUCUUCUUUGUCAGAGUUCCGGGUCACGUCCGCCCGCUUCAAUCACCUGGUGGAAGAAUGGACACAGGAUAAACAACGCUAAAGAAACGCUAUCGACUGACGGCAACACCACCACGUCAACAGUGUCAAUACAAUUGACCAAAUCCGAUGCCGGCGCCAAACUGGCGUGUCGAGCCUCAAAUCCUCAAAUGGCAUCAUUACCAGCUCUCGAAGACGACUGGGUUUUAGACAUUCAAUAUGUGCCCGAAACGGUUGUCCGGCUCGGCACUAAUUUAGACCCGACCAAUAUUAGGGAAGGGACCGACGUCUACUUCGAUUGCAUCAUCAAAGCACAUCCCUACGUGUACAAAGUCGAGUGGAGACAUAAUAGUAAAACUCUCCACCACAACGUGGGUCAAGGUAUCAUCAUUAGCAACCAGUCGCUAGUCCUUCAAGGUGUUGGGAGACGGACAGCUGGCAAUUACACCUGCGUCGGAUUCAACGCUGAAGGUGACGGCGAAAGCAAGCCGUUUUCCUUGGAUGUUUUAUAUGCACCCACAUGUCGCAGUUCUCAACAAAGGGUCCACGGUGUGGCGAAACAGGAACGCGCGCACAUCACGUGCCAUGUAGACGCUAACCCCCCUCAAGUUAGCUUCCGUUGGACUUUCAACAAUACAGCGAACAGUAACGAAGUUAGUGAUACUUACGUGUCAAGAUCAGGAACGAGUUCGACGGUGACUUACACUCCUCAUACAGAGAUGGACUACGGGACGCUUCUUUGCUGGGCCCACAACCGCAUUGGAAAACAAAGGGUUCCCUGCGUUUAUCAUAUCAUUGCUGCGGGUCGCCCAGAUCAGGUACACAACUGUACAGUUGUUAAUGCUUCACUAACCUCAUUCGGAGUUCGAUGCUCGGAAGGUUUCAAUGGUGGUAUGCCCCAGUCGUUCCUGUUGGAAGUGAGAGAAAUUGUUACACAAGAAAUAGUUGCCAACGUUUCGAGCGCAGUCCCAAGGUUCACAGCCGUAGGUCUGGUGCCGGGCCGUACCUAUGCUGCGGCUGUGCUUGCAUACAAUGCAAAAGGCCGUGGGGACCCAUACCCUUUGAGAGCCAGUACCCUUCGUCCACCUGAGAAACACCAUGUACAUGAUAAGAGUUUGGAUUUACCACGAACGGCCUUUCAAAUGUCUGGAGCUAUGUCAGCGGCGGUGGGUGGUGGUGGCGUCCUUAUGGUGGUUCUGGUAUUAUUUAUGGUGGUGGUGCGUCAGAGGUGUGCCAAGAGGAAACCUCGUUCAGCUCCACCACCGUCACAGCCAGCGUCACCUGACAAACUGCGUGAAAAGGAUGACAGCGAAAGUGACGAUAGAAACCCGGACAUUAUACCUUCUGACACAGAUCACAGUUUACAGGUAGAAUACUUUCGUCAGCAGCAAGUGUCCACCAUCUCUCCGCCGUCCCGGGCGCGUGGUUCCAUAGCCGGCGUACGAGCCCUGCCUGGGUACUGCGCCCUCAGAACCGUAAGGGACACACCUAACCCUACACCGGGUAUACCGCCGCCCGCGGGUUUUGCGAGCGGGUCGUGCACGUUGCCGCGUAACGCGGGCUCCGACCGUUGUAUACCCAUGCAGCACUUGCGCACCCUGCCGCGUGCGCACCCUCAUCCGCACCCACAGACACACCCGCACCCUCACCCACAGUCGCACCCACCGCGCGACACACCGCUCUGACAGACAACGCAGCUAUAAAACUUGUAAAUAUUGAGGUGAGCGGUUUCAGAACUGAGUGAUCGUAAAGAUAUGAGUGUUUUUAUUUUAUUGUAAUUAAUUUUAUCACUGAGUUGUCCCAACAGUGAUUAAAUCGAAAUUUAAUUUAUUUUUCGAUAAACAUAAGAUACUGAUGCGUUACGUUCUUUUUUUGUUAUAAAAUAUAAAUUGGUGCGUUAAUACAUUGGUGUUGAGUGUUUACGUCAUGUGGGAAAACACCGAGACUGUUCUUUUCUAAUUGUAAUCGGAAUAGUUAGGACGAACGAAAUAUGGGACUUUGUUAAUGUUUGUUUGUAAAAUGAUUGUAAAUAUCAACAAUAAUUAAUAUUUCAUUAGUAUUUAGACUAUGAAAACAAUUGUUUUAAUGAAAUGCUAAUCAUAUAGAUAAAUUAAUACAUUUGGCAAAUUAACAUUUGAGUGAUAUAAAAUUAUCACGGUUAAUAUUAAAAUAAUUUUAAUUUUCGUUUGCUCAAGCACUUACAAUUUAAUGUUAUUGUUUUUGAAAUGCCUUGAUUAAGUCACAGUGAUUUUGUUUACGAUUUCACUGUAUAAACAUACCUGUUAAACAUAACAUGGAAACCUGUUAAAAAAAUAUUUUAAUUUAAAUAAUCAAACAAGUAAGCUUUAUUUUAAAAAUUAAUUUACAACGGUUGUGAAUUGUAAAGUCGUUUAAAAUAAAAAUUGUUUUUAAUGUUUUGUAUUAUUAAAAUUUUAAUAAUAUAUUGUAGUUUACUAUGUCGGGACGUCAAUUGAAAUGGAAUAAAAUUGCGUUUCAAUUCAAACAUUUUGUACAGUCGAGGGAAAUAUAAUCAUUAUCACGGAAAUGUGAUAUGUUAAAAAAAUAUGAUGUACAAUGUGGACGCCUCUAUUAUUAUCAUUUAUUUUACAAAGUAAAACGACAGUAUAUGAAAAUUUUUAGCGCAAAUUCUAAUAUUUAGUCAACGAAGUAAUAAUUGAGGCAUUCACAAAGUUACUUUAUAAAUUUGUCCGUUAUGGAAGACUUUGUAUAAAGGAGGCUAUAAUGUAAACUUUUGUAAUAUUUAUAGUUAUCUUUGAAUAAUUCAUAACGGUUAUUAAAUAAUGUAUAUAAAUUUUAUUCGUCGAGAAAUUGUUUUAUUAUUAUUAUUAUUUUUGUAUUUUUAAUGUUUAUUUUUUUUUAUUUGCAAAAUGAUCGUUACAUAUAAUAUGAUGUGUUAGCCAGAGUUUCGUUACGGAUCAUGUUAUUAGAAAAAAAUUUAGUAAUAAAUUUGUUAUAAAUAUAUUUGAAAUGUAAAUACAGCGAAGUCUUUCUAACUGUCGAAAUGUCGAUUUUCAAUUAAAUAUUGAGGAACGAAAUAAAUGAAAAUGUUCUAAAAGUUA